AGGUAGAAAAGGAUAAUAUUUGAACGUUUUGCACCUGUCAAAAUGCGCGCAUUAUUUACUUCUGUAGCUCUUUCUGACGAGUGGCAGUCGUGACACUAGACAGCUUAAGCAAACCACUGAAACACAUAAUUAUAAUAUCAUUUAUUCACAAACCACUGAACCACAUAUACUUAUAAUAUCAUUUAUUCUCUCUUUUGCAACUGACAGAGUUGAAAUAAUUCAAGGCCGAAGCACCGUUUCAUGUUUCCUGUGCGAGUCAGUUUUCAGUGCACCAAGAGUUGAAAUAAUUCAAGGCCGAAGCACCGUUUCAUGUUUCCUGUGCGAGUCAGUUUUCAGUGCACCAAGAAUUGAAGGAAUUCAAGACCGAAGCAUCGUUUCAUAUAUCUCCACUGUGAGUGUUCAGAAGAGACCAAUACACUUUGAAGCGGAAAAAACAAAUAUAUCUAGAUCAACUCUAACAGUGUUACUAGAGCUCGGGUUGCAUAUGAAGAAAGAGCCGUGGAUGAAAUAAUGGCGAAUUUAACUGAGGAUGGAAAUUAUACGACAACAGGCCUGGGGUUUUCCUGUUCUCUAGGUCUAGGAACAGCUCAGAAGAUAUUCAUUUCAACUAUAAAUCUUCCCUCAUCCAUUUUUGCAAUUAUUGGAAAUCUCUUGAUCAUCAUUGCUCUCCGAAAGGUGUCGUGCCUUCAUCCGCCGUCAAAACUCUUGCUCAGUUGUCUUGCUUGCACAGAUUUGGGCGUGGGCCUUAUUUCACAUCCUCUUUUCUGUAUUUUCCUUAUGGCCCCUGAGCACUCAAGGGUUUGUUUCUUCUCUUCUUUACUUUUUCUUAUCACUGGUUCAAUAUUUUGUGGGGUAUCUUCGUCAACAAUGACUGCAAUAAGUGUGGACAGACUUCUUGCUCUGUCGCUGGGACUAAGAUACAAACAGGUUGUAACUAUGAGGCGAGUAAAGGCUCUCGUUGGUACUCAUUGGGUCUUAUGCAUUAUCAUUAUGCCGGUACUAUUUCAUAGUUAUCGCAUUUUCCUAGGCAUUGGGUCUGCAACGUUUUUGUUAGGCAUAAUGAUCUCUUCAUUUUGUUACAUCAAAAUUUAUCGCACUCUCCGCCUCUCGCAAGCACAAAUUCAGAGCCAAGGUCACCAAGGACAACAGAAUGAAGAAGCAACUCCAUUGAAUAACGCGAGAUACAAAAAGACAGUGUCCACAGCACUGUGGGUACAAAUGGCAUCACUGGUUUGUUAUCUCCCUUUUGUUUUGGUCAUUGGUUUUGUUUCUAUCACUGAACAUGAAACGCCAUCAUUCAACUUUGUCUCGUGUUUAUCGACAUCUCUUAUGUUGUCUAACUCGACUAUAAAUCCAAUCCUGUAUUGUUGGAGGAUGAGAGAAAUGAAACGAGCCGUAAAGCACACGAUAAGACAAUUUUGUUGUUAUCCUAAUGAAGAAACUUAGAAGCACCGUGACUUUAACAAGAUGCGAUGGCAGUCCAUUGCGUUAUGAGUAAUUGUUGUAAAUACAACCUUCUAGAAAUCUCCAGACUGCUUGGUCAUGCUGACUUGCAUACCAUGGAACUUUCUGGAGCAUUUCAUAAUGUCACGCACCUAUUAUGUAAUACUACUAAAACAGUUAUUAUCCAAGCUUCUGGAAUGUUCCAGAACACUUUGUAAAUAUAUAAAGAAUGACUUAUGCAGUAGUAGGGCUAGUUACAGUUGUUGUUGUCGGAGCGAAGACUGUUUUGAAAGCUCUACCGAGAAAGAGUUACCGCGGAAAAUUUCUCAUUUCAAGGCACUUUGGAGACAGCAAUGAGAUUGUCUCAGUGGUGAGCUAGGAUGUUGAUUGUGGCAGGCUUACUGAAUUAAGUUUAUUAACGAUAAGUAUUGUACUGCUUUUAGGAGGCGCUCUUUGUUAAGAACAUUACUCGCUGUUUAAUAACAUAAUUGAGUUUGUGGGAUUGUGAUUUUAUACCGUAACAACUGAAAGUAAUGUGGGGUCGACCUUUAUAUACUGUGAGGUCGAUCUGACCACUUUGAGUUGAAUGAUACCAUCAGUUAUUUACAUAAUACCUUGCAGGAUGGUUCCAAAUAAAGUGUAGAUUUGAUUUUG